UCUGGAGCUAACCUUGGUCGUGUCCCUGAAAAGGAUAUGUGAGAAUAAAGAGUGUGCGGAAAAAAAUAACUAAGAAAAUGGAUGGAGUUGUUGGUGAUGAGGGUAGGAAGCGGCGGCUGCCAAUAUGGAUGCUUGGUGUGGCUGCCGCUGACCAAGUGAGGGAGGCCGAAAGCAGAGCUGUAUCGCAUCGCCAGUCCAAAUCAAAAGUUGGAAUUGCAGGGGCUGAAAAAGAAGUCCUGCUUUGUGACUAUGAAAAUUUGGGGGUGGAGUCAAGUUUACCGCGUAAUACAAAGAAAAGGAGAAGGAGAACAGGGCAAAAAGAAACGGUUGAUUGUGAUGGUGACAAUGUCUGUAAAUCUGGCUUUGAGAAGCGAAAACGUGGCAGGGUUGUGGCAAGGGUUAGGGAGGCUGCUCCGCGGAAAAUAAGGAAACUAAAGAGUGUGGAGCCUGCAAGUAGUGAGGAAAUUGAAGUCCCAUCGCCCAGUGAAGACGAUGGGGAUUUGACUAUGGAUGAUUUAAUGAAUAUUGCUACAGAGUAUGUCAGAAGUGAUAAGGACAUGGCGCAAAAACAGUCAUCAACAGGGUCUCCUGAUACUCGGCCAAUUAACAGAUCUCACAAAGAUAAAGAACCAGCUUCUUGUCAUACAUUAGCUGGGAAGGCAACAAGUCCCAAUUUGACAGGGAACCCUACCCAAGACAUGCUCGAUUUGUUUUUAGGGCCUUUGCUAAAGAAGCCCCCUGACAAAGAGAAGGAGGUUGGUUUGAUUAGAGAAGAUAUGACAUUUGCCAAUGAACUAAGAAAACACAGCCAGAAUCUCCUUCUUGGAGAAGAGCCUGUCCCCUUGACGAAGAAGAAGAGCAGUCUCAAGGACAAGGUUGCAAUGUUCUUCGACUGAAUGAGGUGUCCAGAUUGUUAGUACAAAUGCCAUGUACCAUAGCACAGCAAGAAAAAGUAUAUUUUAGAAAUUCUUCUGAACUCUAAAGCAAUGAUACCGUCGGUCUAUUGAUCUCUGUGCAUUUAUCGGGUGCGUAUUGUCUACUCCUUGGUCAUUCCAUUGUUUCAUAUCCAGGGUGUAUUUUUUGUUCAUCCUUUUGUAAACAUAUCAAAAUAGGUCAUGUUGAAGGAACAAUUUUAUGACUACUCAGCAGCUAUAAAAGUAACUUCUAUGUAUUGUACAUUAGGUUCAUAUCGGUGUCCAAUAUCUAUGUAGUGAUUAUUACUUUUUUAUACUACAUAUUUG